GUUCAGAGCAUCUUUCAGCUACCAUAAAUAGGUCCCCCCUGGGUUUCUUGUAUUGCAUGAAUUUCUAGUUUCCAAACCCACCAAGAUUGAUCGAGCAAUCGAGCUUUUGGAAUAGAUCAUCUUACUCUAUUGUUAAAUCUCGAUCUGGGAUUCAAAUAUGGCCGCUGUUGAGGUUGCUGCGAUGCCCGCUGAAGUGAGCUCUGCAACUGCAGAAGUGCCCGUCAAGUCUGAAGCUCCAGCUGUUGAAACUGUGGAGCAGCCCCCAAAGGAAGAAGAAUCUGCCCCCGUUGUUGAACAGGAGGCUGUGGAGAAAACAGUUGAAGAAAGCCCUGCUCCCGAGGAGACGAAAGCAGAGGAAGAAAGCCCUGCAGCAGAGGUUGCUAAGGUUGAGGAGAUUCCAGCCGAGGAAGUAAAAGAAGAGGUGGUGGAAGAAGCAGCGCAUGCAAAAGAAACAGAAGAGGAAUCCCCUGCUAAAGAAGAAGAAGAAAAGGAGGUUGCUAAGGAAGUAACAGAAGAAAAAGAAGCUCCUGUUGCUCCAACAGAAGUUGUGGAGAAAGAAGCCCCUGCUGUUGCUGAAACUCCUGUGGAGGAAGAAACCCCUGUUGAGGAAGUAUCUGCUCCUGUAACAGAAGUUGUGGCACCUGCUGCUGAAGAAGAAGUGAAGACUGAAGCAUCAGAGUGAAGAAUGAUGGUGGUGACAGAGUAAUAAGGGAUUUGCAUGUAGGAGAUCUAUAAAAUAGAUCAAGUCAGAUCAGAUCAUCAGGUAAGGUGAUGUUUUGGGUGGGUGAUAUAGUUAGGUCAAGUGUAUAAGCCACAGUUGGAGGAUUCAACUUCAGCUUCAGUUUCAGGGCGAUUGGGCAAACAGAAAUCUUCUUUGUUCAUCUCGAUCGUCCUAAGUUGGCUCGAUUUUAAAGGGAAACCAAAACCAUUUGUAUUUAGUUAUGAUCAUAGCAGUUAAGAAUGUCUGUCUAGAAAUGAUGGGAAGUACAGGUCUAGUUUAUUAAUAUGCAAUUUGCCAUCAACAUUUCUUUGA